AGUGGUUAACCCAGCUCUAAAUCAACACACACACGUGACGACAAUGAGUAAAUUCAACCAUUCCGUAAAAGUUCCCACCCAAUACAAGGUUACCGCCAAGAUUCUAAAGGCGGCGCUGGAGAAACAGAAGUCCAUCAAGAGCCUGAUCUUCGAGGAAAAGCACGCACGUGUUCGCAGUUUACAUGCGGUGCUAAACCAUUAUAGCGAAAAUCGGGGCGCCGUGGACAACGCCAUCGCCGAGACAGGACUGCUCAAGGAUAACCCCAAUCUCGACAUCUGUUUGGCCAAGGUUUUGGUCACCGAACUGAUCUUUGGCAGGAAGAGUCUGAACGGCGAUAGCAAACCCGUGCAAACCGUGCGAAGUUACGAGGAGAAAUUGCAUCAGGUCAUCGGUGGAUCCGGCUACAAGAAGAAAGAACUCAAUCCCCGCUAUGUGCGCAUCAACACGAAUAUAUUCAGUUUGGCCGAGGCCCUGGAGUACCUGGCUGGAGAGGAAUGGCGGCGCAAGGAGCUGCCGGCGGAUGCAAGCUACCCGGAUUUCUUGGUUGCAGUGAAAGCACUGGAGGAGGAUGAGUUCAUGACGGAUCUGCAUGUGGAGGGCGUGCUCAUCUUUCAUUCCAAGUGGGCGCACUAUUGGGCCAGCCAUGACUUGGUGCGCAGCAGAAAGUUGAUUUUGCAGAACAAGGCGACCUGUUUGGCCGCCGAGUUGCUCGCUCCGCCGACAGGAGCCACUGUGCUGGACAUGUGCGCCGCUCCCGGCAUGAAGACGUUGCACCUUUGCAACGUGAUGCAGAACAAGGGACGCAUCUACGCCGUGGAGCAGUCGACUGAACGAUAUAGGGCGCUGUGUAACAUCACCGAGGAGGCUGGAUGCGAGAUUGUGUCUCCCAUUCUGGGCGAUGCGUUGCAUUUGGAUGCCCAACGCUGUCCAGACGUAGAGUACAUCCUGGUGGACCCCAGUUGCUCUGGGAACGGAAUGCAGAACCGCCUUUCAUUGUGCGACGAGGAGAAGGACGAUCAUCGACUGUACAAACUGGCCGGUUUGCAGAUCAAGAUCCUUUCGCACGCUAUGUAUGCCUUCCCAAACGUAAAGCGCAUUGCCUACUGCACUUGCUCGCUGUGGAAGGAGGAAAAUGAGCAGGUGGUGCAGCGUUGCCUACAGAUGAACCCAUCCUUUAAGCUGCUCAGCUGCAAGAAGGCGUUGCGCAACAAGUGGCAGAAUGUGGGCGACAAGGAGUACGCCAAAAUUGGCAAGAACUGUCUCUACUGCCUGCCGGAUAGCGAUCUGACCGAUGGCAUUUUCGUCGCGCUCUUUGAAAAACGUAAGGAAGGAGACACAGAUAAUUAGUUUAAAAGCAACAAACAGAAUUAAACGCUUUAAAUGUAAACUAAAUCUUUAUUUGGCACAUAUGCCAUUGAAUUUUUUCAACUUCAGUUUUAUACAUCUUUAUAAAAAAAUAAAAAAAAAUAUA